UCAUUUCAGCCACCUUGGACUCGUAGGCUUCGGGAUAGGCCGUAAAAACCACCCAACAAGGCGUUGUGGGGGAAAUACCGAGCCGAACCGAGACUAAAUAAAGCUUUAGUUCAGUUUUAGGUGGAGAUAGAUUCUCAGAAAUGAGGGGAAGUCGACGGAAGUGGAAAAGGUUUCGCAUUUUAACGGUUUAAUUUGGUGGCUGACGUCGAUCGGAGCGUAAUGAGCAGAGUUAGAGAAAGAAGGAGCUGAGCAGCUUUUUUUUUUUUCCUCCCUUCCUCUGCUGAUCAGACAACUUGGACCGGACUGAACUGCGCUGUGAUCCGGGGACAAGCUAUGGACAGGAAGCUCUGAAGUUCCAGCGGCCGGGGCCUGGGGCUCGGAGGAGGCUUCAGGAGGUCCAUGCCCGACCCCCACAGCUGAGGACCGAGCAAGAUGACUCAGCACCUGGGGGCCCCCCCAAAAAACAAGUGAAGAGCCGUAAGGAUGGGGGCCAAUGGAUCCAGUUAUCCACACUCCUGCUCCCCGCGCAUCGGGGGAAACACACAGACGCAGCAGACCUUUAUAGGAACGUCUUCAUACUCCCAACAGGGUUAUGGCUGGGAGUCCAAGCUAUACAGCCUGGAGCACGGCCAUGAGCGACCGGCGGACAGGAAGAAGAAGAGCCUGGGUCUGGCGACGCUCAAACGGCGGUUCAUCAAAAGGAGGAAGUCCAGCCGCUCAGCGGACCACGCCCGGCAGAUGCGGGAGCUCCUGUCUGGUUGGGACGUCCGCGAUACCAACGCUCUGGUGGAGGAGUACGAGGGAACCGCUGCCCUCAAGGAGCUGAGCUUCCAGGCCAGCCUGGCCCGCUCCGAGGCCCCCAGCCUGCAGCGCGACCUGGCCGCGCUCUAUCAGCACAAGUACUGCACUGACGUGGAUCUCAUCUUCCAGGGAACCUGCUUCCCGGCUCACCGCGCCAUCCUGGCCGCCCGCUGCCCCUUCUUCAAGACCCUGCUCUCCUCUUCUCCCGGUUACGGCGCCGAGGUCCUCAUGGACGUCGACACGGCCGGCAUCGAUGUGCCCAUGUUCUCCGCUCUCCUUCAUUACCUGUACACGGGGGAGUUCGGGGUGGGCGGAGCCAAGGACAGCCGGCUGCAGAACGUGGACGUGCUGGUUCAGCUCAGCGAGGAGUUCGGUACGCCCAACUCCCUGGAAGCGGACAUGAAGGGCUUGUUUGACUACAUGUGCUACUACGACGCUCUGCUCAGCUUCUCCUCCGACUCUGAGAUGAUCGACGGCUCUAACGAGAGAGGAGCGGUUGCUGCGGUGCCGACGGGCGGCUCAGGAAGCGGUGGCGGGGCGACCCCAGAGGAGGACCUCAGGGCCCACAAGGCCAUCCUCUCUGCGCGCUCGCCGUUCUUCAGGAACCUUUUGCAGAGGCGCAUUCGCACGGGGGAGGAAAUGACGGAGCGCACGCUGCAGACACCCACCAGGAUAGUUUUGGACGAGUCCAUCAUCCCACGAAAAUACGUGCAGGUCAUCCUGCACUGCAUGUAUACGGACGUGGUGGACCUGGGGCUGGUGCUGCGCGGCAGCCCGUCUUCAUGCAGUUUGGGCGAGGUGCAGGCCCUCGUUUCAGGGUGCAGGGGGGCGAGCACGCGCACGGAGGAGGCCAUGGAGCUCUACCACAUCGCACUGUUUCUGGAGUUCAGCAUGCUGGCUCAAGGGUGCGAGGACAUCGUUGUGGAAAGUUUGUCCCUGGACUCUCUGGUCCCCAUCCUGAAGUGGAGCUCCCAGCCGUACGGCUCCAAGUGGGUCCACAGGCAGGCCAUGCACUUCCUGUGUGAGGAGUUCAGCCAGGUGGUGACCUCUGACGUCCUAUACGAGCUCGGCAAAGAGCACCUCCUCAACGCCAUUCAGUCCGACUACCUGCAGGCGAGUGAACAGGACAUUCUGAAGUAUGUCGUAAAGUGGGGCGAGCAGCAGCUGAUUAAGAGGAUGGCAGACAGGGAGCCCAACCUGCUGAGCGGCACAGCCCACAGCGUCAACAAGAGAGGCGUGAAGAGGCGAGACCUGGACGUGGAGGAGCUGAGGGAGAUCCUUUCUCCUCUCCUGCCCUUCAUUCGGACGGAGCACAUCCUGCCUCCCAACAGCGACGUCCUCGCCGACGCCCUGAAGAGGGGUUUGAUCAGCACCCCUCCGUCAGACAUGCUGCCCAUGGCUGAGGGGGGCAAGGCCAACGCCUGGCUGCGGCAGAAGAAUGCAGGGAUCUACGUCCGUCCGCGCCUCUUCUCUCCGUAUGUGGAGGAAGCCAAGUCUGUGCUUGAUGAGAUGAUGGUGGAGCAGACGGACUUGGUGCGUCUGAGACUGGUGCGGAUGUCCAACGUCCCGGACACACUCUACAUGGUGAACAACGCCGUGCCUCAGUGCUGUCACAUGAUCAACCACCAGCAAAUGGCGGGCAGCUCCAGCACGGCUCCCUCUGUCGUGGCCAAUGAAAUACCAGUGCCUCCACUGUCUGUGGUGAAGGAUAUGAUCCGCAGGCUGCAUGAACUGAGGCACACGGAGCAGGUCCAGCGAGCGUACGCCCUGAACUGUGGCGAGGGAGCCACGGUCAGCUACGAGCUGCAGCUGAGGGUGCUGAGGGAGUUCGGCCUUGCAGAUGGAGCCACGGAGCUGCUGCAGAACCCAUCCAAGUUCUUCCCAGAUGAGCGUUUUGGAGACGAGAGUCCGAUUCUGGCCCUGCGUCAAGUGGGCCGUUGCCGCGUCAACAGCAGUCCGGCUAUGGACAGCAUGAUAACGGACCUGGAAGGAGUGGCAGGCUUCCACCCUCCGCUGCCUCCUCCGCCUCCUCCCUACCACCCUCCCGCCACGCCCAGCCAUGCCCAGCUCAAAGGGGGCUGGCGACCUCGGGUUCCCAUGCCAACCCCAACCCGCUCCUUCUCCUACCCCUGCAACCGGACCCUGAUCCAGCGCCACGCUGCUUCCAAACAUGGCGGUUCGGAGUACUCCUCGGCGCCCAGAUCCCAGCCUCCAGACUGCACCAACCCCCAGGCUAUGGGCCGACCUCUGCUGUCAGACCAGCAGGCGAUGGGGGCGGAGCCUGUGAUGAGGGAGUUCAUGCCGGACAUCGCGCUCGGCGUCUCGGUCAUGUCUCUGAGGGAGCAGCACAUGGCCGACAUGGACGGCGAAGGCCCUCACAGCCCCAUGGGCCCUUCAGGCCACCACCUGCCCUGCUCUGCUGCGCGCUUCAGCCACGGUUACGGCCCUGGACACGGCCACUCCUGCAAGAGGCACGCUCCAGAACCCAAGCUGGAGGCCCAAGCGGAGUUCCCCGACCUGUACGACUUCUCCUGCAGACCCGCGACCCCGACCUCCGCCCACCCUCUGCCCGCUUUUGCAGGACCGGACCUCUACAGCCACAGCUGCACGCAGUCCGGCUCCUACCCCCCUCCUUACGUUUCUGACUGCCAGAGCCACGGCCACCUGCAGGGACGGCCCGCCCCGGACCCGCUGCGACUGGACGUCCUCAGCUUAAAAUCCCAGAGACACGACGGCGUCCUCUCCAGUCCGUCCGGACCGCCGCCGAGGACAGGUCAGUUCCCGAAGGGGCGACCGAACGAGACGGACCUCACCCACGGUUUGGGUCACCUACGCUCCCCCAGCGGGAACAUGGACGGCUACGAGGACAGACCCAGAGACGCUCCAGAGGAGAUGAUUCUGGGCGGAGACCCGUCGGGUCCGGUUCCGCUCCAGCAGUCUCACAGGAACAGUAUAGGCGAAGAACUCCUCAGAGACCGCAGAUCGCCCAGCAAACCGGACUACCCCUAUAAGAAAUCUGCACUUUAACCCCAGUUCAGGAGGCGGGGUUGAGUUGGGAAAAGGGAAAAAUGCGAUGAGCACUAAGUGUGUGUGCGUGCGUGCGUGCGUGCGUGCGUGCGUGCGUGCGUGCGUGCGUGCGUGCGUGUGUGUGUGUGAGAGUACAAGAGUCAGAAAAGGGUUGUAGCUAGCGUUGGGCAAUUAUUUUUCAUAUCCGAUUUUAAGGAAGUUUAGUUUACUUGCCUACACUUCUAAAAGCAAAAUAAAUAUUUUCAAAAUGAUUUAUUUCAAUA